AAGCGCGCAACAUGACCGCUGAAUCCGCAGAGCUGAUACGUGACGGGGCGGUUUCGUCCUCCCGCUGGUCUGAGCGCACUCUGCCGCUGUGCGUGUCCGCGCUCGUGCUGCUGAUCGUCGGCGUCGGGAUACUGAGCGCUUUGGCGGCCGGUCCGCUCCACGCGCAGUGCGCUGUUGAGUGGUAUGUGAACCGCAAUAAACAUAAACGAGCCGAUAAUAAUUCUGCGAGUCAAAUACGUGUUCGUUUGGAUACUUUAUUAUCAUGCAGGAACAUCGGCAUCCCCUGCUUUGACGUGUCCGCGCUUUUGGUAAACCAGAUAAAAGAGUGGUCAACCGAAACAUGCACCGGGACGAGUCAGCGAUGCCGUUAUUCCCUGACCACAGUAAAUGCAGAUGACAUCACCGCCACACACACCACACCUGUGAUGAGAUUUGUGGAUGACCUCACCUUCAACCUCAGCAGUCCGCACCCAGACACCUGUGAUGUGCAGGGACGGUCUGUCUCUCGCAGCUGGUAUGCCAUGUUCGAUGGCGGAACAAACUACCUGAACAUGUAUAACCUCAUGAGAGGCAGCGGUCUCUUCUCUUCUCCCAGUUUUACUGAGUCCACCAGUGACAGAUUAUGUACGCAGUUCUCCUCCACUCGACAGAAUCUUCCCCCAUAAGACGUCUGCAUACCUCUAGACCACCAAAUAUUAAAGGGGUCAUAAACUGAGAAAUCAAACUUUCAGUGAUCUUGUGACAUAUAAUAGGAUAUUGUGCUAAAAACAUUUAGAAAUUGUUUUACACUUUAGAUUUUGUUUCUGUGUAAUGUCAGAAUGUGAUGAAAGUAUGCAUCUGAAGAAGAUAAUCAUCUACUUUACACCAUUCCCUCUUUAGCCCCGCCCACCGACACAAACACAGCAUUACUAGAGCAACAAAAUGAAAGGGAUUCUUCAGACGUUGUGCAGUGUUGGCUUACUUGUGAUCCUAACAUUAGUUUAGCAUGGAUGAAGAUUCUGAUCUAGACCGUGCUGCCGCUAUUAAUGUUCAGGGACCUCACAAGAAUGUUUAGGGGCGUGGAAGUUUCCAGUAACAGACCCGUGUGCAUCCACAAUAUCAAAAUUUUACAUAAAUUUGCAUCCAGGUCAUUGUCCAAAUGUUGUGUCAUGUAAUAUGUGGAGAUUUACGCCAUUUGAUAAACACGGAGGACUGGAUUCAACAUUAAGGAAGAUUGUUAUAAAGUUAUUAUUAAAACAAAUCAAUCAAAGAGACCGUUUAGUUUAGUAACAGUCACAACAACAUUGAAAUUCAACCACACUUCUGCAUUCUUUUGCUCAAGACCAACAAAGUAUUUGCUGUUUCUUUCACCUUCUACUAUCCAUUUCCUCUUGGAUCUGGACCAUCCGAUGGUGGUGAAGUGAAUUGUUUAGUUUCCAACAUCCUCCCAUUUCUAGAAAAACAUUGGACAUUUUCAAUUAAGGGUAAAAAUAAAUGUACCCAAGAAUACAUGGGAAAAUAUCAGAUUGCAAAACAUUUUGUUCUAGAUCUGAAGAAAUUGUGAAUUGUCUAACGAGAAGGUUUAUAUCUCAACGUCUCUAAAAGAUUGACAUUAUUACAAACAUUCUGGAGAUCAAUAUUUUAAUUAGUUUUUUGGAAAUGUUUUUCUUUCAAUACCUUUGCCUUUGGACACAAAGGUGAGAAUAUCUGAUUAGAUCAAAUAGAGGAAGAGAAACGGUUUUCAAAGACAUUGUAUUCAAGUCAACUUGCAGUCUGUGUUUGUUUAUCCAUCUGGCUAGUGACUAAUAAUUAAUUUAAAAUGUUAUAUUUCAUAUCAAUUUAAGGUGAUGAAUAGACUGAAGUUUGGCUCAGGUUGUUGUGCUUGUCUCAACGAUUUGUUGAUGGGUCUGGUAGUUAUGAUAAUCUUCUCUACUGUUGUUAUUUAUUCUUUGCCGAAGUCUACCUCAAGUGACGUUUGGGCCACAGUAAUAUUUGUUUUUACAUUAACAUUUUUUUACAUUUACAGUUAUGCAUUUUUAUACGUUUACAUUUAUGCAUUUGGCAGAUGUUUUUAUCCAAAGCGACUUACAUUGCGUUAUCCUAUACAUUUAUACAUAGGUAUUUGCAAUCCCCUGGGAUCGAACCCACAACCCUAUGUUGUUUAAACAAUGCUCUUACCACUGAGCUACAGGAAAGCUGGUUGUUUAUGUGGUUGCCAUUGAAACGGUCAAUAAAUGACAACCAAACUAUAUUAGAACAGACAACCUUUGACCCAAAUGAGGCCAAAACAACAUCAUACGUUUAUGGCCAUGCACGUACAGCUCGCCGUGCAGUCUUAUAGCUCUGUUCAAUUCUUGAUUCAUUUUGAUUUCAGUUCCUUCGAUAAAAGCAUUUGGUAAAACAAAAUGCAUUCUUGUUUAAUUCACAUGCUUUCUUAACAUAUUGGCACAGAGGCGUUAGUCUCUUUCUUCAUCUUAGGUCAGAUUCUCUUGGCAUUUUCCAGACAACAUCACGCACAGAGCUUAAGAGGUCAUUCACAUGUCGUGUCGAAGACCGUGUGAAAACAUGAGCCGCGCCACUUUCUCUUUUCUAUGUUGCUCCGGAAAAGUUGAAGCUGAAUGGUUAUUUGUUGUCACAUGACCUGCAGUGCGUUUGCAGAAUUCUGAAAAGUUGAAAUAUCGCUGCAGUGUUGACAAAACAAAAUCUACAGAAAUGUACCAACAAUCGAUUCUUGAUUGUCUGUGAUUUUUUUAACAAGAUGGUUUCUAUUUACUAUAAAAAGAUCUACAUUAUUUUUUGCAGACACAUGGUGAUGACGCUCAAAGUACAGAUGGAGGGUAGGCAGUGACUUCACUAUCAAAUCUCAAAAUACCUCUGUUUUGCGUUGUUUAAAGUGGUUAAAAUCAAAAAAACCACAAGGCCUAGUAAAAGAUGUUGUUCAUGAAGGGGAAAGAUGCGAGUAUUGACUGAUAACGAAGGAAAAAGUGGCUUGUAAGCAUGAAUCUGCGGUCGGGAGAAGAUUAGUGGGAUAAUCGGGACCUAAUGUGGUUUAACGUACCAAAGCAUCGAUGACUUACUUAUGAAGACUAGCCUAUAAACAAAUAAGGGAUUAGACAAAUGUAAGAUGGUUCGUCUACUCUUAAGAGAAGUACUUUUUGUUCUUUGUUUAACAUUGGAAAGUUUGUCAACCCAUUUUGCUUGCAUGUAAAUAUAGACCAUGUUUUCAUCUGUGAAGUCACGGUGCAUCAAAACUCUUUCUACACUGAACUUCAAAUAUGAUAAUGCAUGUUUGUGCUUGAUUGAAAUGGUGUGGAUGAAUGACACUAAAGCAUUGAGGUCAUCCACACUGAAACACCUUCAGCUGUAUACUUGAAUUUUUAUUUUUCUGGAACUUUAGCCAAGUAUAAAAAAAAGGAAUUUCAAAGGCUAACUCACAGUGAUCCAAGAACCUCCAACACCAACAAACGUCAACAAACAUUUUAAAUCCCAGUGUGUUUGUUGGAUCAGCGUCAAUAAGAAUUUAGUAUGUUGGUGUUUGUUGCGGGUUGUCAUUGUGAAUAAACCUUAACAAGACACCAUCAGGACAUGACCACUAACUGUCAACGUCAUCAGAACAUACCGCGUGUCAUGCUAAAAGAUGUAAGCAUCAUGUUAAAUCAUGUCAUAACCCAAAUGUGCUAACACCAUGCUUAAAACUGAUGAAGUUUAAGAACUUGGUAGCAUGUUAAAACAUUUUUUCCGUCCUUUAAAAAUUAAAAAGAAGUUUGUCAGCCAACAUAGAGUCAGUACUUUGUCCUACUGUUGGGCUCAAUGAUGACCCAAAACUGCUUAGUUACAAACUUUCAUUAAUAUAUCUUCAUUUGUAGGGUGAGCAAAGGCAGACAACACUUUCAUUUUUUUUGUGAACAAUUCCUUCAAACAUCAGGUUGCUGUUAUAAAUAACUAUUUUUCAGCAAUAAACAAGUGGCAAGAUAUUUUCAGAGAUGAUAGAUGUGAUGUUAAAGAAUAAUAAUUGACUGAAAACCCAUUCUAACUAUUUUUUGAUGUUCCUGAAAACGUCCCAGCGCGACAUCGACAGGUUUUGCCAGAUCACAUCCCAUUUAAUGUUGAAUUCAUGAUGAAAACUGAUUUAACAUUCAACUUUAAAUACAUUAUCUUUGCUAUCUGCGGAUGCAUUCAUUCAUUCAUACGUUUUUUAAUGAUUGACUAAAACAAAAUGAACAUUGACCAGAAUAUAGGCCUUUCACUGUAAAACUAAUUCAAGGCUUUAUGCAAAAAAAGUUUGCAUUGGAAAUGACCGAUGCACCU